GAGUCCCUUAAAGGGGAAGCGGCUGCGGCGCCGUCGGGCGGGCGGACGGCGCAGCUCGAGGCUUGGUGGGUCGGUGGCCGGCUGCCUCCGUCUUUCUCGCGCGCUCUCGGUCCGUCUGCCUGUCCGUCCGCCGCUCGCUCGCUCGCUCGCUCGCAGGGCCGGCGGGGAGGCCCCGCGCUCGGGGAGAAUGCCCGCGGAGCCCGGGCCACCAUGCAAUGGAAGUCGCUGGUCCUGGGGCUGCUGCUGCUGCGGCUCGGCCUCCACGGCGCCCUCUGGCUGGCCUUCGGCCUGGGCCCCAGCCUGGGCUUCUACCAGCGCUUCCCCAUCAGCUUCGGCUUCCAGUGCCUGAGGGGCUCCGAAGGCCGCGCCGAGGCCGCCUCCUCCGCGCAGCCCUCCUGGCUGGAGGCCCCGGGGCUCGGCGGCCCGCGGCCCGCUCCGCGGCGGGCGCAGGCGGGGCGGCGGCCGCGGCCCGAGCGGGACCCGGGGCCGCCGGCGCCGGGCGUGUGCCCUAAGUCGUACUGGGCGUCGCUGCUGGGCGGCCGGGCCCGGGGCGCGGGGGGCGACGAGUACGAGCGGCGCUACAGCGGAGCCUUCCCGCCGCAGCUGCGGGCGCAGAUGCGCGACCUGGCCCGGGGCAUGUUCGCCUUCGGCUACGACAACUACAUGGCGCACGCCUUCCCCGAGGACGAGCUCAACCCCAUCCACUGCCGGGGUCGGGGGCCCGACCGUGGGGACCCGUCGAAUCUGAACAUCAAUGAUGUUCUAGGAAACUAUUCAUUAACCUUGGUUGAUGCCUUGGAUACACUUGCGAUAAUGGGAAAUUCAUCCGAGUUCCAGAAGGCAGUGAAAUUAGUGAUCAACACAGUUUCAUUUGACAAAGACUCCACAGUCCAAGUCUUUGAGGCUACAAUCAGGGUCCUUGGAAGUCUCCUUUCUGCCCAUAGAAUAAUAACUGACUCCAAACAGCCCUUUGGUGACAUGACAAUUAAGGAUUAUGAUAAUGAAUUGUUGCAUAUGGCUCGGGAUCUGGCAUUGAGAUUGCUUCCUGCCUUUGAGAAUACAAAAACUGGAAUUCCCUACCCUCGGGUAAAUCUCAGGAGCGGCGUCCCCCCCGAUGGCAAUAAUGAGACUUGCACGGCUGGAGCCGGCUCCUUGCUGGUGGAGUUUGGGAUUCUGAGCCGGCUGCUAGGGGACUCGACGUUCGAGUGGGUGGCCAGGCGAGCCGUGAAGGCCCUUUGGAAUCUGCGCAGCAACGACACUGGGCUCUUAGGGAAUGUUGUGAACAUCCAAACGGGCCACUGGGUUGGAAAGCAGAGUGGCCUUGGCGCUGGGUUGGAUUCCUUCUAUGAAUACCUCUUGAAAUCUUACAUUCUAUUUGGAGAAGACGAUGACCUGGAGAUGUUUACUGCUGCCUAUCGGAGUAUUCAGAGCUACUUAAGAAGAGGCCGGGAAGCUUGUAAUGAAGGCGAAGGAGACCCUCCACUGUAUGUGAAUGUGAACAUGUUCAGCGGGCAACUGAUGAAUACCUGGAUUGAUUCUUUGCAGGCUUUUUUCCCUGGAUUGCAGGUGUUAAUAGGGGAUGUGGAAGAUGCCAUCUGCCUUCAUGCCUUUUAUUACGCCAUCUGGAAGCGAUAUGGUGCUCUCCCAGAGCGAUACAACUGGCAACUACAGGCCCCUGAUGUCCUCUUCUAUCCUCUGAGGCCAGAGCUGGUGGAAUCCACCUAUCUCCUUUACCAGGCAACCAAGAAUCCCUUUUACCUCCAUGUAGGAAUGGAUAUUCUUCAGAGCCUGGAAAAGUAUACAAAAGUCAAGUGUGGUUAUGCUACAUUACAUCAUGUCAUAGAUAAAUCAAAAGAGGACCGGAUGGAGAGUUUCUUUCUGAGUGAGACCUGUAAAUACUUGUAUCUGUUGUUUGAUGAAGAGAAUCCAGUGCACCAGUCUGGAAAUAGAUACAUGUUUACUACUGAAGGACAUAUUGUGUCUGUGGACAAACAGCUUCGGAACUCUCCCUGGAAAAAAUCCCUUUCUGAAAUGGGAGGGGAGCACCAGGAAGAAAAACAUGUGCCUAGACCCAAACCUUUGGAGUUAAAAGUCAUCAAUUCAAGCCUAAAUUGUAAUCGUAUUCCUGAUGAGAGAAGGUAUUCUCUGCCUCUCAAGAGUGUCUACAUGAGACAGAUUGACCAGAUGGUCGGCCUGAUUUGAGCUAUCACCAUGCAUGGUGAUGUUUAAACAAACAAAUACAGAGCUCUAACUGAAGUGGAAGAAAGACUACAAAAGUCUGGCCAUGAAUAAUGAUGAUGAUGGCAGGUCUGGCUAGCAACAUACUUGCUCUCUCUUCUUGCAUAUUUUAAUUAUUCUCUCCAGUUCAAAACACAAACCACCAAAACUGGUCCCCUGCAUUUCUUUAUUAAGAUUUGAAAUCAAGAAUAGCUGACAGGUAGUCACUGAGCAAAGCUGAAAUGACAACUCUGUUUUUACAAUAGACUGCUUGUGAAGGCAAGUAUUGAGGAGUGGCUGCCUGUUGCUACCUCUUUAUGGUGGGAUUGUGGCUAAGAUCCCUUUGCAGAAGGGUUUACUGGGAAUUACUUCUUUUCUUGAAACAGCAAUAUUUUCCUUUGUGGGAUGGUUAGGCUGUCUCCUAGCUUAUCAGUAAGCCAUUGUCUGCCCUGAUUUUCGAUUACAUUUAUUUUUAAAGAAAAGAAAAUUCAUCUUUUGCCACUGGUGUACCAAGUAACCCUCACUAAUCAUUACUGCCAUGUCUGAAUUCUAACCAAUGGCUUCUGAAGGAUCACAUCAUGGAACUAAGAAAUGACCUUGUUUUAAAAAUCUAAUAUAACAUGGACUCUCCAGAGAACUCCUAUAGUCCCGGAACUUUGAGGUGGAGCAAAACUGCCCACUGCUCCUCAGGCUUUUCAUGAUUUCCAGUGCUUCAGUUAUUGUCAUGCUUGUUGGCCCUGCUUCUUGAUCCUCACCAUGUUUGGGUUAAAAAAAAAAUCUUCCCUUUUCUUUUUUCCUUUUCUUUCUCUUUUUUUUCCUUUCUUUUUUUUUUUUUGUUUGUUUGUUCAAUUUCAUCUCUAGCACUCAUUGAAUGGAGAUGGGGAGAGAAAAUGACCAGGAUGAUACUCUUACGUGGUUUGGGCAUUUUUCCUGCCCAAGUUUUCAGUUAGUGCCUUAUAUAAGAUGACUCAGUUAUGGGUCACUGAAAAUCUAAGCUGCUUCUACUUUUGAGCAGGCUCAGUUUGUGUUAGGAUCUCAUGGUGUUGGCAUAGAAGUAGUUAGGGCUGGAAUAAAACAGUAAAAGAAUGGACAGAUUGUUAUUCCUGAGGAAUGACUUUGGCAGGGGGGGUGGGGGGUGGCAUGGACCUUUCAAUAUUUCAUUUCAGGGAGGUAAAUAACCAGGAAACUAGACUAAUUUUUGGAGUGAAAACCUCCUCUUGUUAGAAAGGAAUAGAAAACUGAUGGUGGUUUUCCUUCACGAAUUCAUUUAAACUCGUCAAUAGUGAACUCAAACUUGAAAUGAAGGCUAAUAGUUGAUCUGAAAAUUGUGUUACCAUCAGACGUCACGAUCUGGGCCAUCAGACACAGCCUUGCUUGGUAUUUCCUACCCAGUCACUGCUGCACAUGUCAAAUGUUCUUUACCCUUUUCCCAAAGGGAAGCAGACUGCUCCCUAAACCCUCACAUUUAUCAACCAACUGGGGAAUUUUUCAUUCCUUUUUUUGGGGGAUAGUAAGUUUUAUAAGUUUUAGGUGUUUAUGUUUUCUUAAAUAUAGAUUAGAUAUAAGAUUCAACUCUUGGAUAUUUUUAAUAAUGUGGUUCAGAAACCCAUUGACUCAUUUUAAAACCCUUUGCUAGUAUAUAGGAUAUACUUUUUUAAAAAGCAAGAACAUAAAAUAUUUUGCUGUUUUCACUGUUUAAUUUUUAAAUGCCUUAUUCUGUUCUGAAUCACCACUAUCUGCAGUUAUUUGCUGUAUAGAUUGAGCCUUCUUUCAUCAUACUGUGUUUGAAAAAAAAAAAGUCUUCCGUGACUCAGUGUAAUCAACUCUUCGUUUUUCCCCUUUACUCCUACACAUUGCCUUCUCCAGCCAACUUUAAGUAAAAGUCUUUAUGGCAUUGAGGAGGAGCAGGCAGUGUGUGUUAUCUGGGCAGGAAUUGGAACGGCCAACUUUGUCUUCCUUUGGGUGUGUCCUUGCAACAUCCCAGGUUUCCAUGACAAAGUAGGAGACAGCCACUGUCCCAUUCUCUUCCAGUCCUCUGUUCUGCAUGCCUAACACCUCCUUUCUUCUCCUGGUGUUGGAAUCUGUGCCUGGCAUCACGAUCCUCUUCCUCUGCUGAGCUAUUUACGCAACUCAGGGACUUAAUGCUCCAAUCCUGAAACAGCUCUCAGUACUGCACCUCUGUGCAUAAGUGUUAGAGGAUUGCUGAGUGGCUUCCCCAAAACCCCAACUGUUCAGCCCCACCCAGGUCCAAACAGCCUACGUAGCUAGGUGUUUGGGCCCAAGUAUUGAUCCUGGAAGGCAUCAGUUCUAGGGUCAUUGGUUUGUCAUGAGGAAGGGCAGAGUCAAAUCUCUAAUGGAUUUUUUAAAAAGAGGCACUAGGGGCAGCUUGGUGGCACAGUGGAUAAAGCACCAGCCCUGGAUUCAGGAGGGUCUGAGUUCAAAUCUGGCCUCAGACACUUGACACUUACUAGCUGUGUGACCCUGGGCAAGUCGCUUAACCCUCAUUGCCUCACCAAAAAAAAAAGAAAGAAAGAAAGAAAGAAAUAAAAGGAGGCACUAUUUGUGAGGUUGAAUGUGGGUAAACUCGCUUUCAUUUUCUACAUUGGUCAGUGCCAGUAGAAAUGAUAGUGCCCUCAACUUUGUGAUGGUCACUAAUCUUGUUACUUUACUGUGUCAUCAGUGCAAGGUAGAUCUCAGAAGGCAGAGGAGAGGACAGUUUCUUGCUGAUUUGGCCACAGAGAGGACUGAUCUCAUUGUGUGUCAUCUGUGUGUGGGGAUGCUGAUGGCACACAAUGUUUCUAGUCACCUCUGGAGCAGGGGGCACUCACUAAGCAUGGAUGGCUGGUGGCUUGUUCACACUAUCAGUGCGUCUUCUCACUCAGUCACUGCAAGUGUUUUGUAAAUGUCUCUGCCCAAAGUAUUCUGGUAUCCAGUUCUUGUGCAUCAAAAACAUGACCAAAGUCAGGCCUUCAAAUUUGUGGUGAAAAUUACUUUGCUUUUAGUUUUGUUUUUUAAAGGUGUCUUCCAGCUUUGCAGGUGCACUGACCUUAAGUUAGGGCCCACAAGGCACUUUCAGACUCUCCCUCAGUGCCAUCAAACUUUUCUAAUAUCAGAUAUUGCCCAGGGGCCUCAUCCUGUCAUCUGCCUCCAGACUGCUUAAAAUAGUGGCCUCCUUUAAUCUCUUCAUUUUGAUAGUGCUUUAGGAUGUAGGUGUUUUGAAACCUUUAGUUGACUUCUCUAAAAACACACAUAAACCCAACUAAUGAUUAAAGAAAAAUACAUGCAGUUCCAUAUAAAGGAAAGUUUUACUAGUUAUCUAACUUGAAUGCUUUAAUAGAAAUAGUUUAACAGUACUAAUACAUGAUUUUUUUCCCCCAUCAGAUUUGGACACGGGAAGGGUGUAGGGGUAGCCUUGUCUACCAUCCCACCUCCAGGUUACUGGUUAAUUGUAAAGUCUUCCAUCAUGUGCUGUGAAUGCACAUACACUGAAGUCUUGCAUCUUUCCACCUAAGCAUUGCAGGGUGUACUUUAAAAAAAUUUAAUUUGAAGGUUUGAAAAUCUGCUGCUAGGGCCAAGGAGCUCUCCCAUCAUGGUUGCCAUAACCAUGUCUCCCUUGCCGUCCCUCUUCCCUGUUCCCUCAAUCCUUUGACUCCCACCAUUGUGCCUCUGCUUUGCAAUUGAGGGGCCCUCCUACAAAGAAGUAAAAGGCUCGGUCAGUCCCUGUAACCCAUUCUAUAAGUGUUAAGCAAGCCAACUGAGAUAGAAUUAAAUUGGGUAUACACUGGUCACCAGUCGGGCCGUGGAGCAGGCUUUGAAUAGUGACCACACUUGAAAUGAAUGUGAAUUUGGUCAAAUGUCAGGUAGCCAUGACACUUCCCAAUUCAGUUCCAUUCCUCACCUCCUGAUAAUUACAGGUGAAGAAGGUGGGGAGGAAGGAUUUGGGUAGGUGUUUUUAUUUUUUGUUUUUUAAAUAGCAAAACAUAGGGCACAUUUUAAUUUAUUAUGCACUAGAAAAGCAAAUCUGUUUUUGCAGAACUGAGAAUUGAAAACGGCUGGGGUGACUUGUUGAAAUAUACAGGUCUGUUGUGCUUCUCACUCUGUAAUGUGCAAUAUAAUUUGCAACUAUAAAUGAUAUGUUUAAUCUAUGUAAAUAA